AUGAAAAGGUCAGUUCGUCCCGUCUUCAGCAUUCUCAUAUUCGUUCUCUUCGCCGCCACUCCUAGCUUCCGGAUCCUGCUCCGCCGGACCUUGUUCGCUUCAAUUGAGCUUCAGCACAAUGUAAUACUACCCUACCCUGAAACCGCCCCUGUUUUCAAUUCCACUCUGUUGAGGUACGCCGCCAUCGACACAGGCGAGGAGAAGACCAAGAAAGAGAUCGAGCAAUUGCUGGAGGGAAAUUUCGCCAGCCGGGGAAGGUACAGAACUUUUGCUGCUUGGAGAAGGUUCAACAACCAUGACCCUAAAGCGACCUCCUCCCGGGGGUUCCCGGUGAUGCUCAGAUCCCCUGAAUUCUACCGGUACUGGCUCGACUUCCGGCGGGUUCUCCAUCUCUGGGCGCGAAACCGAAGGUACCACCGUGAUGUGAUGAACAAGCUCGUCGAGCUCGUAAAGAAACCGACCGAGAAGCGGAGAGGAGGAACGCCGAAUUCGCGACGUUAUGCUUCUUGUGCAAUGGUGGGUAACAGUGGGAUCUUGCUGCAGAAGGAGUAUGGGGAAUUGAUCGACAGCAAUGAGAUGGUGAUCCGAUUGAACAAUGCGUGA